AACGUCAUCACAAACCAAUGAAAAUCGACGAACGAUUUUUUUUAUUUAUUGAUUGUAAUCGAUUCAGAAUGUUGUGUCGGCAGGUAAUACCCGACACGAAUGGUAUAGAGCAGAUUUACAUUGUUAAAUCUGAAAAUGUGCCGGAAUUGCGUGACACCACCGAUGCACUCGGUCCUCCGACAAUGGACCCGGAGGAGGUCGAACAAAUUAAACAGGAACCUUCUAGUGACGACGAACAAGUUGACGAUAAAAUUGACACUGGAGAUAAUUUUGGAAUGUUAGAUGUUAUAAUCAAAGAAGAACCAGAUGAAUUUCGUGGAAAAAAGGAAUACACCUGUGAACGAAAUUCAAACCUGAAGAAUAGCAAUGCCAAGGAUUCGUUGAAGGCGGAGUAUGAUAGUUGUUCCAGCGAUGAUGAUGAAGAUGAAGAAGGCGAUGAAACAUCGUCGAGCUCUACUAGCGAAGAGGAAAAUCAUGUUAAGUGGAGAGCAAGGCCAUCCAAGAACAAACAUAUAUCUGACGACUCAGAAGAACCCUCCGAUGAACCUGAAGCGUUAAAGUUGGUUAGAAAAAGAGGACCAUACAGGAAAAAGGCAAAGUCCAAAGACGAUUCAACGGCCAUCAAACGUAAAAUAAUAAAACGCUUUAUUUGUCACCACUGUCCGAAGAAAUUUUCCACCUUGUUCAAUUUGGAACGCCACGAAAAAAGUCACGAAUCCGAAUUGCCAGAGGAUCAGCUGCCCCAGAAGAAACGAAACCUGUGCUAUGUAUGUCAGAAGGAGCACGAAACCAAGGAAGAGCUGCACGAGCAUCUGUGUAUCCACGCGGAUAUGCUUCCAUACACAUGUGGUGAAUGUGAAAAACCUGUGAGGGUCAUUUCCGUUAGGCUGCUAAAUAAACACUACCAGUUGCACCAAGAAAUGGAAACCGGGAUUAUAAAGUGUAUGUAUUGUCCUGCCCGGUUCCAUUCCCUGUCUGGAUGUCGUCAGCAUGAAAGAGGCCACAUCGAGGGUCAGCAUAUAAAGGAGGCGGAAGCUAGAGCUGAAUUCGAAAGUAAGAAAUUGAACGUAAAGGUCAUUAUUGUGGAUGGCUUGAAGCGAUACGAAUGUGAUUAUUGUAAAAAAUCAUACUCCCUUUUGGCCACCCUUCGAAGACAUACCAAUUCCCACACAAUGGAGAAGAUAUACGUGUGUAAAACCUGCGGCAAGACAUUCAACAAGGCGUCUUCACUAACUUUGCACGAAAAAGUUCAUUCAGAUUUUAAACCGUACAAAUGUGAGACAUGCGGGAAAGGUUUUAAGGAAACAAUCCGACUCAUUGAGCACAGGCGAAUUCACACUGGUGAGAAACCUUUCCAAUGUCACUGCGGAAUGGCGUUUCGGAAGAAGCACAUACUGAAGGAACAUAAGCAAGCCUGUGAAAUUCCGGAGGAUUUGAAAGCUUCAAAUUGUCGUUUUUGCCAUGAAUCGUUUCCUUGCUACUCCGAUAUGAUAAACCACGUCAAGCAGAUUCACGGUCUCGGAAUGUCCGACACGAAGUGCCAGUAUUGUAUGUCGAAAUUUAAAAACGCUGUUCUUUUGGUUAUCCAUGAACAACGCCACCAAUUGCCAAAUGUCAUCAAAUGCGAUCAGUGCAACAGGAUCUUCAAACAACAAUCCAAUUUGCUGCGACAUUUGGAGAUCCAUGCGAAUGAGCCUGAAUCAUACAUGUGUGAUGUCUGCGGCAAGGUUUUCACCCAAAACGUGAAUUUACGCAUUCAUAAACGAAUUCACAGCGAGAAGCGGCCUCACGUGUGUGAUUUGUGCAAUAAACCGUUUUACUGUCCGGGAACGAUGCGUCGGCACCGCUUGACACAUUUCAAGGGUAACAGUCGGAAUUACAUUCCCACGCUCGACGAGGAUAGAACUAAGGUGGUCAGUGAUCGAAUUGCAAGUGCGGAAAUGGAACCUUCGGCAGGGAUAUUCACCGGAGAAUCAACGAAUGAUAAAAUCCUUGCCGCUGAAACCAAAUCGAGUGGUUUCUUGAAUAUCUCAUCCGGCGAGAUCGAUGGUUUUGCGCUGCCCGAGGAACUUCCCAAACCUCUGGCGUCCGUAGGAGUGAUACGUUUUGCACUGGAAACAUUGGAUCCCCCCUGCGGAUGGGAUCUGCCAUGACGCGAGCCGCUGACUGAACCAAUGCCACUGCUAUCCGAAUCUGAAUGUCGGUUCCGUUUUAGUCCAUGUUGUUCCAAAGCAUUUCUUUUCAGGGUCGAUACUCUGAGGGAUUCAUUUUGAGACUGCACAGUUAUUGGACUCGCUGGCGAAAUAUUGAGAACACUCGAAGAUUUUCUCUGUGCACGCAUUUUACGUAUGAGUGCGAUUUCCUCAUCGAUAGCUUUCUUCAACGCAUCGUAAUGCUCUCGUAAUUUUAUAAGCUUUUUCUUUUUAGUAUCAUAUUUCUCUAGUAAAUCGACUUUACCUGCGAUGAAAGCAUCUUGUUUUUCGAAUUGUAGACUACUCACUUUCACUGCUUUUGAAAUAAGUUCCGAAGCUGGAAUAAAAUAAUCCUUCAGCUGCUCGGGAGGAUUAUCUUUACGCAGUUCAAUUAUUCGACAGAGUUCCU